UUCCGCCUUCCUCCAGGAAGCAAUCCGUGCUGCGGGGAAGAUGCUGUAGUGGGAACGGAAGUGGCCUGGAGUGGAGCACAGCGACGAUGAACAACAAAUUCGAUGCUUUGAAAGAUGAUGACAGUGGGGAUCAUGAUCAGAAUGAAGAGAAUGGCACACAGAAAGACAGUGAGAAGGAAAAAAAUGACAAGGACAAGAAUCAAGGAACCUCUAGAAAGAAGACUGUUGUUCCGGGACCAGCUGAGCACCCUUUGCAGUACAAUUACACAUUUUGGUACUCUCGCAGAACGCCAGGAAGACCAACCAGCUCCCAAAGCUACGAGCAGAACAUUAAACAGAUUGGUACCUUUGCCUCUGUUGAACAGUUCUGGAGAUUCUACAGUCAUAUGGUACGUCCUGGGGACCUAACAGGACAUAGUGACUUCCACCUUUUCAAAGAAGGCAUCAAACCAAUGUGGGAGGAUGAUGCAAAUAAAAAUGGUGGGAAAUGGAUUAUCCGUUUGCGCAAAGGUUUGGCAUCACGCUGCUGGGAAAACCUGAUCCUAGCAAUGCUGGGAGAGCAGUUUAUGGUUGGAGAAGAGAUAUGUGGUGCAGUUGUCUCCGUUCGUUUCCAGGAGGACAUAAUCUCUAUUUGGAACAAAACUGCGAGUGACCAAGCAACCACAGCUCGAAUCCGAGACACUUUGCGAAGAGUCCUGAAUUUGCCACCCAACACUGUUAUGGAAUAUAAAACCCAUACGGACAGUAUCAAGGCCCUGGAAGAAUUUCACGGCCUGGUGAACAGCAACGGCCUCUGAGUGAAAUCUCCCUGCUCCCCGCACCCAGUGGGACAAAACAAGUUUUCGAAACACAAAGAUUGCAUUGUGAGAAUACAGAGCCAUUGCUGAUCUCAUUUCCAUUUUGAAAUCUACUAUCUGCUCCAGACAGUGUUUUUCCAUAAUAUGCUCUACUAGCACAAUUAACCCUUUCCCUGCCAGAGAAUCCGGUAUUCCAUCUCUGUCAGCAACGUGGUUACGAUUGGCGUUUCUGCUAAUCAUCAUUUUUCUCCUCUGCUACAUCAGUCCUUAUGCUGUGACUGUCCACUAAAGCUGCUGCCUCGGAGGAAAAGCACCAAAACUUUAUUUUAGUAAACACAUUUUGUUUGCUUAGCUGUUUUAUUUUUUUUGUUUUACAUGGGAGGAAAGGUGGUCGGUAUUAAACCUUUUUUUUUUUAUAUCUGAUAGCAUGUUCACUCCAGCACUUACGGAGUUAUAUGCUCCUUUCUCCCGACAAGUUAACCUUUCCUCCAAAAAAUUUGCCUUGUAACUUUUCUUCAGCACUUUGUUAGUUUCCUUUCAUGUUUUGUGCAAAGGAUUUUGUGUAUAAUGUUUAUCUCAUUAGCAGACACAUUACUGAGACAUAUCGGUAUUACGCUAAAUGUUGUUGUACAUAGGAAAAAAAACAAUCCUUUAAUUUUUGCCUGCUGAUGUGUGGAAGUGUCAACUCCUGCCCAAGUGCGGUCAUUAAAUGAUUGGGUCUUUGUUCA